AUGCAUAAACUUCGAAUGUUACUUGAUUCGUGUUCACAAUCACAUUUUUUAACAUUCAAUUGUGCUAAUCGUUUAGGUUUACCAAUUGUUAAAAUUUACACUUCUGUUGUAGGAAUUGGACAAAUCUCCAAACCUAUCAAAGGAAGAACUAAUCUGGUUAUUUCUUCCAGAUUUGAUAAUAAUACUAAAUAUUCCAUCGAUUGUUUAGUUAUAAAUAACAUUGUUGACAAAUCGCCUCCGAUUUUAGUUAAUGUCAAUGAAUUAUCACAUUUGAAAGAUUUACUUCUUGCAGAUGAAAAUUAUUUCGCUCCAGCUGCAAUCGAUGGAAUCAUCGGCGCAGAUUUAUAUGCACACAUAAUCGCUAACGGGGAAGUAACUGGUCCUCCUGGUCUUCCUGUUGCGUUGCAAUCAUCUCUGGCAUAUGUAGUUAUGGACUCUGCUCCCACUACACAUCCUGUUAGAACAAAUGUUCAAACCUUUUGUUCAUUUGAAAAUUCUUUAGAAUUAUUAGUUUCUAAAUUUUGGGAAAUAGAAAAUUUACCCACUUCAUCUCCUAUGAGUCCUAGUGAUAAGGAGUGUGAACAAAUUUUAAUUCAACUCAUCGUAGAUCUGACUCGGGGUCAUAUGAUCGAAGUUGAUCGAAAACUAGAUGAUGAUGGUCCGCAUUAUUUUAUUCCGCAUCACCGAGUUGAACGGAUCGGUCAUUCCACCACACCACUUAGAGUCGUUUUUGACGCAAGUGCAAAAAGUGAUAAUCAGAAGUCCCUUAAUGAUAUUCUUCAUAAAGUUACCAAAUUGCAAACUGAUUUAGUAACCACUUUGCUUAACUUUCGUUUCUUUUCCAUUGCUCUUACUUCAGACAUUAAACAAAUGUAUCGUCAAAUUUCAUUAAAUCCAUCUCAUCAUAGAUUUCAACGAAUUUUAUGGAGAGAUUCCCCUUCUCAAAAUUUAAAGACAUACGAAUUAACGACCGUUUCAUUUGGGGUUUCUGCUAGUCCGUAUAAACAGCUAGCUCAUGAUGAAGCAUUAAACUUCCCUACAGCAUCUAAAUUCAUUGAAAAUCCAAUGUAUGUUGAUGAUAUUUGUGGAAGCAUUAGCACGCCUGAAGGAGCUAAACUGCCCUCGUUAUAA